AACAUGGGCGGGGAACGCGCCAAUUCUAACGCUAGAAUUUCGGCCCCGCCGAGGAAGGAGAAUUGAAAGAAGCUUUUCUCGCCCUGCUAACUCGCAAUGCCGGCUGAGCUGAACGCGCAGGAGAACCCUGCGCUGCCCCAGGGAAAGCUCCUCGCCGCCGCCUCUGGCUCCUCCCCAUGUCACGGAGAGUUUCAGUAUCUCCAGCAGGUCGAGCAGAUCCUGCGGUUCGGACACAAAAAGGAGGAUCGGACCGGGACGGGGACGCUGUCCAUCUUCGGGAUGCAGGCGCGGUACAAUGUCCGAGAGGAUUUUCCACUGCUAACAACCAAAAGAGUAUUCUGGAAGGGAGUACUUGAAGAACUGCUUUGGUUUAUCAAGGGUUCUACAAAUGCAAAAGAGCUUUCUGCUAAAGGAGUUAAGAUUUGGGAUGCCAAUGGUUCUCGGGAAUUCUUAGACAAACAGGGUUUUUCUUCUAGAGAGGAAGGAGACCUAGGUCCUGUUUAUGGCUUCCAGUGGAGACAUUUUGGAGCUGAGUACAAAGAUAUGAAUACAGAUUAUACAGGACAAGGAGUAGACCAACUACAGCAAAUAAUUGAUACAAUCCGAAACAAUCCAGAUAACAGAAGAAUUAUAAUGUGUGCAUGGAAUCCUAAAGAUAUCUCUGCAAUGGCUUUACCUCCAUGUCAUGCUCUCUGCCAGUUUUACAUUUUAAAUGGUGAACUCUCUUGUCAGUUGUAUCAGCGUUCUGGAGAUAUGGGGCUGGGAGUACCUUUCAACAUAGCUAGUUACUCACUCCUUAUGUCAAUGAUUGCCCAUGUUACAGGCUUGAAGCCUGGUGAUUUCAUACAUACAUUAGGAGAUGCUCAUAUAUAUUUAAACCAUAUUGAACCUUUGAAAAUACAGCUUCAAAGGGAACCAAGACCUUUUCCCAAGCUCAAAAUUCUUCGUAAAGUUGAAAACAUCAAUGACUUCAGAGCAGAUGACUUUGAGAUAGAAGAUUAUCAUCCGCACCCAGCUAUUAAAAUGGAAAUGGCUGUCUAGUGAACUUUUUCUGAGGCUGUCUUAAUGUUCGGCCUGAAGUUAAUGCUUUUAAGUAUCAUUAGUAUUCAAAUCACUUAAAAGGUCAAAAACAUAGGUUCUUACAAAUUGUUCAGUUUUCAUAUGAAGCUUGCAUUUGAAGCAGACUGUUAUAGAUGCAUCAUGCACAGGGACUAUAAAGGAUUUCUGUAGUUCUGAAUUAUCUAAUAAAUCAUAUGUGCUGUUAUAAAUGUUAUCUGAAAUCUUAAGGGAAAGAUGUACUUCAUUCAUUUUUUAAGUUAACCUGGCAAAGUUCCAGUAGAACACGGUAGAAUAGAAAAUGCAACAAACAUAGCUUGGGGGAAUAGGUAGUCAGCAAUUUUUAAAUGAAAUAGACUAAUUGUACUGAUGUUUUCAGAAAUGGCUGAAGCCAUGAUAGAGAACUACUGAGAAUGUUAGUUUUACAGAGCUGCCCGUGCAUGCUUAUGCAAAAGACUAUCUGAGCUGUAAGAUCUGAGGUAGAAAUGAAUGGCUCCUGCACUGCCUAACAGCUACAUUUUUCUCCAAGCAUCUAUUCCCUCUGCAGUGAUGGCAGAUGAACCCUCUUAGUCUUUUUCUUGCCCUUUAUAAA